UAGAACCAUGUAUCGCCAAAAAUUCGUUUAAAACAAUACAAAGAACAAGAAUAGAAAGAUAAUUAUAAACAAGAAUGCGACAAAUAAAUAAAUAAAAAAUAAAUAAAAAAAUCAAACGUUGCCUUCCUAACUGGUGAAACCCUKGUUUUUGUUGUCAAAAGAACGUUUUUGCUAGGGCCCCAGUCAUAAGGUACUAUAUCCUUAGUAUCGAUUGAACACCUUGCAAGGUGGUUGCCUAGCAACCUUAUUUGGUAAUAUCUUGUGGGUUAUACUAGUUAGACUAUAGAAUAAAGUACAAUACUGCUUAAACCAAACAGAACGAAAAUAAUAUUGGGAUAUUACAUACAUUUGUGUCGGCAAAAUUCAGAGAAAUGGGGUUAAAGUAGUGUUUUAGGAGGCUGUUCUACUCACAGUUAUUGAAAAACCACUGUCAUCUCACUAAUGAAAACCGACAAAAUCGCGAGUAUAAAUUAUUCCUGAUUUGAAGUCCAUUCUGCGUACAUUUAACCGAGCGGCUUCCCGCCCUUUCUUCAGUUUAAGACAAAACGAAUGAAUAAUGGAUUGUAUUGGAGUGUUUAAAUGACCAUCGAGAACGUCUUGAUGACUUUCUCUCUAGUCGAGCAUUACCUACCAUUGUACGUACAGAAAACAGUAAAGUGGCUUCUAUAUGAAGUUGUAUCCUUGUGUAUUUGAUUGAACCAAUCAUAACGUGGAGAUUGACUGUAAAUCAACAAGCUAUGUACGUCAUGUGUCUAGUUUUUAAUGUAUUCAUGUUUGAAUGGAACAAGAGACGUGUUUGGGGAUAAUUUCUUCUUUUACACCUGCCGUCAAGAGCAGCUGGCUGCCAAGUGAGCAUGCUCAGUUAUGUAAUGGAACAAUAGUUUGAUUGACAGGGCUCUACCUAGAAAGGACCCUAUUGCCAGAGGACCGAAUUGAACUUGUUCUUUUUUUGUAUGUUAAUUGGCAAACCUCUCGAUGUCUUAGAUGACAAACUCUCGGCAUCAAACAAAAAAAUAGCCAAGAUUUCUCGUUACCAAAGCGAAUUUCUUUGAGUUACUGUACGUGGUAGUGUGUCGGCGGUGGGGUGUUGUCAGUAGUGCGAAGAAUCCAAGACAAUUUUUUACUGUUUSUUAGACGCAAUGGGAUUUUGCUGUUGUUGAUUCCUUCUCACCUGCCUGCCAUCUUGCGUUUCUUGUUUCGACUGUGUUCAAGGAGAUUGUACUGAAGGCGCUGUGCGUCUACUUACUAAAUCAACUCUAUCCAAAGUUGUGUUAAUAAAAUAAAUCGACUGAAAACCUGCAAAACGACUUCUUAUGAGCGAAAAGUUCGCUGGAAAAUGCUGAUGAUGAGUAGCGAAAACAAGUCGAGCAAUGUAAUACGGGAAGAGGACGGCGAAGAUGAAGACGAUGAAGAAAAAGAGGAAGAACAACAACAAGAUGAUUCAGGUAACGGCAGCGAUCACGAACAGCAGUCACCGUCUCAUAACGAACCGACAUCACCAGUAUAUCGAGAUAGAGUCAGCAUCAAUGUAGGGGGUGUAAAGCACGAAACAUAUCGAAGUACUCUUAAAAACAUACCCGAUACUCGACUAUCUUGGCUUUCCGACGCUCCAACUGGAUCGGCAGACUAUGACUCCACGACAGGAGARUACUUUUUCGAUCGUCAUCCCGGYGUAUUUGCGAAUGUUUUAAACUACUAUCGAACAGGGAAAUUACACUGUCCGCUUGAUGUGUGUGGACCGUUGUUUGAGGACGAGUUGGGAUUUUGGGGAAUCGAUGACCAGCAGGUCGAGUCAUGCUGCUGGUUGACUUACCGACAACACAGAGAUGCACAGGUUACUCUCGCUGCCUUUGAAGGCGUCGAGUUUGAGAACGAAUUCGAUGACGAUGAAGAACCCGACAUGGAACGAUUUGGUUUCCAUUUGUCGGCUGAAAAUGAACCCGACAAAAGCUGGUUCGAAAAAUAUCAACCUAAAAUUUGGACUUUGAUGGAAGAGCCGCAUUCAAGCACACUAGCAAAGGUCAUCGCCUAUACAUCACUARUUCUUAUCAUCUUGUCAAUCGUUACUUUCUGCCUGGAAUCGAUGGAAUGGUUCAGAGUAGGUGAAAUGCGACCUCUUAUAUUGUUUAUUUUGGAAGGAAUUUGCGUUGGUUGGUUUACACUCGAACUCUUGGUGCGAUUCAUCUUUUGUCCAAAAAAAUGUGACUUUUUCAAGAAAGCCAUGAAUUGGAUCGAUUUUCUGGCGAUUGUCCCAUUUUACAUCAGCAUAAAAUUUCUUCACGAUCCAAACAACAAUAAUUUAGAUGUUCUCAUGAUAAUCAGGCUGAUUAGAAUUUUCAGGAUUUUCAAGCUAUCCCGGCAUUCAUCGGGACUUCAGAUUCUUGGCCAUACGCUGAGAGCAAGCUUUAGAGAACUACUUCUGCUAAUCUUUAUUCUUCUUAUGGGAGUAGUACUCUUUGCAAGUUUAAUAUACCACUGUGAAAAAGGCACCGAAGGUACCAAAUUUGUUGAUAUUCCAUCAUCAUUUUGGUGGGCAGUGGUUACCAUGACGACUGUGGGAUAUGGUGACAUGGCGCCAAAGACUUUGGCGGGAAAAAUCGURGGAGGACUAUGCGCGGUAUGCGGUGUGCUAACCAUUGCACUUCCGGUUCCGGUCAUUGUUAAUAAUUUCUCUUUGUAUUAUUCGCAUGCGCAAGCGCGGUUAAAGCUGCCCAAGAAACGCAGGCGCGUCUUGGUCAAUGCUGCGAACGCACUCAAAGUACCAGCAUUCCUGGAGAAUGGCAUGAGCGGCGAGUCCAAAGGCAGUGCUGACAGCGGUUGUCAAGAAAAAAACUGCAACGUAAUAGUGACUGACGAAGUGAAUGCGUCACGACCAAGGCGUCCAGUCAGAAGAGAGAGCCAUUUAUUUGGACAAUCCUCCCCUCCAAGUAAUGGUAAUGUGAACGUGGGUAGAAAUAGCAUUACUAGCAAUACUACAUACGCUAUGCAGAAACGACGAUCCAUGCGGCCUACUGUUCCAACCCUUACUGAAGUCGAGUGAAAAUCAUAGGAUACCAAAUAACUGUACUUACUCGGUGUUGCCAUGAGAACCUCAUGAAACAAGGUCUAUGACCUGCCAUAUGGUCACGUGGGUUUAGUCACCAUGACRACUCAGUAUUCCAUCAUGAACAAAACUGUCUGUGUACAGGAUCAUCCAUAUAUGGUAAAGGAGGGUGAAUGCGACUACUUGUUCAACAAACAAACUAGUAMAUUAAAGUCAUCGAGGGAACGUUGUAUGCGACCGUCCAUACCUGACAGUGGGCCGUGAUGCCUUCGAACGAUAUGUAUUAUAUUUUCGAUACAUUGUACAUAUAGUUUGUACUCAUAUUGCAAAUGUGCAAUAACAGACACUGUAUUCCAAUAUACACAUUAACACAGAGAAGUCACGUGACGAGAUUAGCGGGAAGAGGAUUUCUUGUCUUUCUUGUCAUCGUUUGGUAAUUAAUUGAGGGGGGAGGGGACGGAGGUUAACAACCAAUAACACCGAUGUAGUACAAUAUCAUGUGAUAUCUUUCUUACCAAAUAUAGACGUAAAAUAAGGAAAUCUACUUUUUAAAUGACGUCAUCAUAUAGGUGGCAUUAUAACUAAAAUAUAUAUAAGUCAGCACGAUGAUGUCCUGUUUUACUACAUUUACCAGAAUGCUCUGCGGGAUUACUUUACAWAGUAAUUGUAGCAUAUGACGUCAUCGUACAAAUGACUCCGCAAUCUAUUAGUUAUCAGACUCUCUCCUUUACAGUUGUAUCCCAGUCCUUUUCCACAUAUUUGUGCGAAACGUCGUGGUUGAGUAUAUGGAGGAGAUGUCGUGUACAUUAGUAUUCUAAUUUAUGAUAAAUAAUUGAUUCACCAAUGAUUACAAGUUUAUAAUCUAAUAUUGUAUACAAUGGACCGAGUCCGUCUUACAGUCUGUACAUAUAUGACAUAUUACAUGUAAAAAUAUUUUCAUACGAAAUAGAAAUCAUCUGGUUGACUAAAGUGUCUAUCCGUCUUAGCAUACACAGUCACAAUUAUCAUACAUUAGCAAACAUAAGCAUACAUUAACAUACAUUAGUUCUUUAGUACUCCAUCAGUCGUCAUUAACAUAUAUUAGCAUACAUUAGGGUCCGGUAGAUGUGCGACUCGGUAUAGAACUCAUCUAAUGUAAGAUUGCAAACCCGUGCAAUAUAAAUUCAAUUAUAAUACCAAAAUGGUUUUCUAGACGGGUUUAUUAUAAUCCUUAUUAUUCAUUAAAUACCUUACUAAUGAUCUUCUGAAUGGUGCUAUAUAAUUAGCGUAAAUACAAGUCUUAGAAUUCUUUGCAGAAAAUCCGUGAAAUAGAAUGCUAUGUGUUGAUUUCACGGUUUUAGCAGUUAUGAAUGUGUUAGUACACCAGUUUGUCCGUUGAUCGGGCUCUUUGUAUAUUAGUAGAAAUAAACAUUGUCACAAAACA